CUGACAACAUUAGUUACAUAUGCUUAUUUUGAACAAUGAGUUAAUAAAUUUCAUUAUAUCUUAUUAAAACAUUUUCCUAGCUUGAGAAGCAUUGCGUCUAUCUUUCUCUAGCAUCCUUGGUUAUGUAUUGUCAAAAACAUAUGUUUACGUGAAACUCCGCGCAUAAUUCGAUAGCUCGUAAGCAAUUUGUACAUUGUCCCAAUUUCGAAUAGUCUGACUAAUUAAACAGUAUUGAACCUAUUAAGUUCAUUCGCGAAGUAAUGGUGUAAAUAUUUUUGCUUCAAAGUCGUUAACCGUCUGAAAACAUUCCGUGCCGCGAGACCCUCCUAACUGCUCUGCGGCUCGUGCGGCUCUUUCGCUAGUAUGCGUGUGUACACGUGCUUCGAGUGCAAGUAAUACACAGAGCCCCCCAACACAAACAAAUAUCAAUCGGAAUUGUAAAUUACACAAUCCACCCCACGCGAGCUACCGAGAAAUGGUUCCAGACGUAAGAAGGUAGACGAUCCAUUCAUUCGCCGCACACGUUUACGACUGGAACGGCACACACACCGGUCCUAUCUGCAAAUCAUUCCCUGGUGCAAACCCGCUUCGUGAAGGUACUUUCUAAUCAUGUCGUCCGCUGCAAAGCUGCACAGCAGCAUAUUCCAUCCAACGCUACGAAAACUGCAGUGCCAGGAUGUGGCGAUUGAAGCGCAUAACCUGAUGUAUCCCGUAUUUUUGGUCGACGACGAUGACGCUGAACAGCACAUUCCAAGCAUGCCGGGAGUUGCCCGUUACGGUAUCGCCAAACUGUUGGCCCACCUGGAACCGCUCGUUGCGAAGGGGCUGCAAUCGAUCCUACUGUUCGGUGUGGUUGACAAGAUGCCGAAGGAUUCCAUCGGUACGGGAGCCGAUUGCGCCACCAAUCCGGUGAUACGCGCAUUGCCACGACUACGAACCGCCUUUCCCGAUCUGUUGAUUGCGUGCGACGUGUGCCUGUGCCCGUACACCGACCACGGUCACUGCGGGGUACUGACCGCGGACGGCGUUAUCGACAACGAGCCCAGCAUUAAGCGCAUCGCCGAAAUUGCACUCGCCUAUGCAAAGGCAGGUGCGCACAUCGUAGCACCGUCCGACAUGAUGGACAAUCGUAUUUACGCGAUAAAGCAAAUGCUGCGGGCCAGCAAGCUAGAGAACCGGUGCUCGGUGCUGUCGUAUUCGGUCAAGUUCGCGUCCGGCUUUUACGGUCCGUUUCGUGAUGCGGCCAAAUCGGCACCGGCAUUCGGCGAUCGGAAAUGCUACCAGUUACCGCCCGGAUCGAAAGGCAUUGCAAAGCGAGCUGCGAAACGUGACGUCGAGGAAGGUGCCGAUAUGCUGAUGGUAAAGCCUGGCAUGGCGUACCUAGAUAUUGUGAAGCAGGUGAAGGACGACUAUCCCGAGCUACCGUUGUUUAUCUACCAGGUUUCCGGAGAGUAUUCGAUGCUGCUAAACGCGGGUCAGAUUGGUGCCUUUGAUUUGAAGACUGUUUUGUGGGAAGUGCUGGUGGGUAUGCGCCGAGCCGGUGCCGACUGCAUCAUCUCCUACUUUACACCGCUCGUCCUCGAUUGGCUGAAGGAGUAAUGUAUCUCUAUCGUAUGUUUUAGAAAUGGUUUAGGGGCUCUGCGGGGAGAAUCCUCGCUUUUCGAUAUGACAAUAAUUGCGUUCAAAUGAAUCUAGUGCAAACGUGAGCUAGAGAAAUCACUUACAAUUUAAAAUUGUUUUAACGUACUUUACCGGCUUCCCGAGUGAUACAUAUCAUAUUUCACGUAAGGUCUGGGAUACACGGGGUUAGAUGAAAACCCAACUGAUAUCAGCUUAAAACUAAUCUUGGCAAGUAUAAAAUCGUUCGGCGCUCGUAUGGAUUACAUGAGCCGCUGUAUGGAUUGCAUCAAAGAAAUAGGGCAAAAUAGCGCAUGUAAGUUAAUUACUAGUUUGAGCUACAACGAAAUAUCAUAGAAA